AAUGCACCAAAAGCUAGUCUGCCACCCACAAUAAACACGAGAAGAAGGAGUUGUCGAAAAUGUUUCUUCAGUUAAGCGAGGCAGCUCGUAAAGAAAAUGGAUGUAAAAUGGAUUAUUUCAACUCGAGACCAACUGCGAUUUGUGUGGCUCUUUUACUUAGUACCACAGUUAACGCCAUAAGAGUCAUUGGUCAGGAUGCGACUGUGGUAACGGGAGAUGAUGCACAAUUAUUCUGUCAACUGGUCGACACAGCAGAGGAAGUAACAAGCGUUACGUGGCAAAGACGAACAGAGGAAAGGCCAACAAAUACAAUUUUUUUGGUUGUCGCUUCAGACGGCAAAGAGGAACAUAUGAACGUAUUGAAGGACAGAGUAAAAUUCACAGGGGACAUCCCAGGACUCAACGGCUCAAUUCUUCUAAGCAAUAUUACUGUUUCAGAUGAAGGAAUCUACACCUGCAUCUUCAGCAUAUUUCCAAGUGGACCAUAUAAAACAGAAAUUCAUCUCACAGUACUGAGUCCUCCUGUUGUUAGUGUAAGUACGGAUGUGCCUCCUGUUGCUGGUGACACUGAGGAGAUUUUAGCAACCUGCACUGCGUCCAAUGCGAAGCCUGCAGCAGAAGUCUUGUGGAAUCUGGGUGAUUUAAAUGAUUCUGUGAAAGUACAACCUAACAUAACUGUGGACUCUGAAGGAAGAUACACUGUUAAAAGCAGCCUGAUUGGUAUAGCAUCCAAAGAUCUAAACCAGAAGAAGGUUCAGUGUUUGGUCACACACCCUGGCCUAAAGGAGAAACAGGAACUGGAAUACACAUUGAUCAUUCACUAUCCUACUCAGAUGUGUUAUAUUAUUUCAGUGGGUGGUCAAGGGGAAACACAUGAAUUUCAGUGUGAAGCAGAUGCUAAUCCAAAACCAACAAAUUUCACCUGGAGCAGACACUUUCCAGUGAAGGAACCUCUUUUCAGAGGUGUUAACAACAGACUGAUUAUUCAGACGACACCUGACCGCAACGGCCUUUACUAUUGUGUUGCGUCUAACCAAUACGGGGAAUCUGUAGGUUCCCUCUACGUACAUGUUACACAAUUUACAGAAUGCACAACUUGCUGGACUUUGUUCAUCAUAGCCCUCUUUGCUGGGGUGUUUGGUUUUCUCAUUUGGAAAUUUAAUUUGCAUCAAUACGUGAUAAAAAGGCUGAGGUGGUUUGCGGGGGAUCCUGUGCCCACGGUAUAUUCAGACCCGGAUGAGAGUUGAAUGGUGGCUCAGACCUCUCUACUGGGACCAUACCUUGCCGUGGUGGAGGGGCUUAUUCUUCUUACACUGUCCUGGAACAACUUUACAGUUAAGUGGAAACCAAAUGGUCCCAUAGGUUUUGUAACAUAACAGUCCAGUUUAGGUCUCCCUCUUGCCACAUAUCAAUAUUAACGAUGGCCAUAACAACAUAAGGUUCUGUUGACUUGUCUGCCAUCAUAAAAAUGAUUUCCAACAGAACUACAAACAGUUCUAAAAGAUCCCUUCGAUGAGAGUAUGACACCCACGCAUCAGCACGAAGAGGACAUCAUGAACAACACUUCUUUUAACAUUUCUUCAAGAGAUUACAUCUGGAUGUUCGUUACACAACCUCAUUUUAUCACAUCUUGCUGCAGAACUAGAUGAAGCCAAUUAUGGCAGACAAGUGACUCUCCAGACACCAGCUAAUGUAGAUAAGGCUAACAUCAUCUACAGUUCUGGUAAGUUUAGACAGAUUUGAGUUGAUGACACUCGCUAGGCCUUUCUCAAUUUACAGAUAAAGUAUCGGGUAAAAUAGGCAGUGCUAGCUCAGUGGUUUAGAUGUUUGACUACUGAUAGGAAGGUUGUUAGUUCAGUUCUCGGCACUGCCGAGCUGCCACUGCUGGACCCUUGAGCAAGUCUCUUAACCCUCAACUGCUCAGUCGUGUAAACAUCCAAGACUUCACUAUUUGUUCAGUACAGUUUUCAGUUAAACCUGCUUCAUGUAAGGAAACUGGGUGAUUUAAUAUUUGGGCUGAUUAAAAAAAAAUAAAUAAAUUUUUAUGGCAUUUGGCAAACACCCUUAUCCAGAAUGACUUACAUUUAUCUCACGUUUUAUACAACUGAGCAGUUGAGGGUUAAGGGCCUUGCUCAAGGGCCCAGCAGUAGUCAGCUUGGCAGUGCCGGGAACUGAAAUAACGACCUUCCGAUCAAUAGUCCAACAUGAUUUUUCUUUUAUUUAUUUACUAGCUUCAUCAUAAUCAUUAUGUAAAGUAAAUUUAUGUUUACUAUAGCUUGUUGACUCUACCCACAGUAAAACUGCAUAGAUUAUUUAGAUGGGAGAACAAUGAAACUGGUAUACUGUGGACUGACCCAGACAUACAGUUGAAUAUAUAUGGACUCUGAUGUCUUUGAUCUGUAAAAAAGUUAUUAAGCAGUUGUCACACUGAACAUUUGCCUUGCUUGCUAUUGUUUGACACACAACUGAAUGUUUGGCAAAUGUAGGUUAUUUUGUCAUGUGUAGGUGGCAGAUGUGGGUUGUUGUCAUAUGCAUACAAACAUAUGUAUUUUUUUUUGUGCCUCUGGCUUCUCAGUACAUUGACGGCAUUUGGCAGAGGCCCUUAUCCAGAGCAACUUAAAUUUAUUACAUUCAUUCAUAUAUCUGAGCAAUUGAGGGUUAAAUGCCCAAGGGCCCAACAGUGGUAGCUUGGCAGUGCUGGGGUUAACUCCUGACCUUCUGAUCAGUAACCCAGAGCCUUUAACCACUGAGCCACCACUGCCCCAGUAGUAGUGUUGCCAGCUCCGUCCUGUGUAAAAUAUUCAUACCCCUUGCCAUUUUUCCUAUUUAGUUGCAUUACAACCUCUAAUUUAACUGGAGUUUUAUUUGGAUUUCAUGUUAUUUCAUUGUAAUUUCACUACACAGAAUAGUCCAAAUUGGUGAAGUGAAAUUAAAAAAAGAAACUUUUUUUUUUUUUUUUAAAUUAAAUACUGAAAAGUGGUGUGUGCAUAUGUAUUCACCCAUCUAAAUAAGAUCUGGUGCAGCCAAUUACCUUCAGAAGUCACAUAAUUAGUUCAAUAAAGUCUACCUGUGUACAAUCUAAGUGCCACAUGAUCUCAUUAUAUACACACCUGUUCUGAAAGGCCCCAGAGUCUGCAACACCACUGAGCAGGAGGCAUCACCAAGCAAGCGGCACCAAGGAGCUCUCCAAACAGGUCAGGGACAAAGUUGUGGAGAAGUACAGAUCAUGGUUGGGUUAUAAAAAAAAAUAUCCAAAAUUUUGAACAUGCCACAGAGCACCAUUAAAUCCAUUAUUUUAAAAAUGAAACGAAUAUGAAAUGAAUAUGAAAUAAGAAAUAUAUUUCAUGACUUUUUUGGAACUAUAUAACGUAGAGAUGCAGGGAGAGGUGAGAGUGCAGCGGGAAAACAAGACCUUGCGCUUGCAGGACAGUACUGGCCACAUUUGGAAAGUUGCUAAGGUUUGUCCAAAAAGUCGCUAGAUUUGUCAUUAGGUGGGGUUUUUGUUUUGUUUUGUUUUUUGUUAAAACAAGUUGGUAAACUUGUAAACUGAACUUUACUGAGGGAAAUUCUCAUUCUGAAUCUAGGUUAGUUUGAUCCUUAUUCCCCAUCCCAUUCAAGUCCCAUUCCUCAGAAUUCAAUGGUAAAUGGUCUAUACUUAUAUAGCGCUUUUAUCCAAAGCGCUUUACACUGUGUCUCAUUCACCCAUUCACUAACACUCACACACCAAUGGUAGCAGAGCUGCCAUGCAAGGUGCUAACUUGCCAUUGGGAGCAACUUGGGCUUCAGCGUCUUGCCCAAGGACUCUUCAGCAUGUGAAGUCAUGUGGCCCGGAAAUCACACUGCCAACCCUACGAUUAGUGGACAAACCGCUCUACCGCCUGAGGCACAGCCACCCCUUUCAUUUACAUAAAAUAAAAUGGGCAUUUGUUUGAUCAAAACAUGAACAUGUCAUUGUGACAAAAACAGGCAUGUGCAGAACACAUAGAUUAUGAUAGUAAAGACACAAAGGUUUACAUGGCUAUUAUUCUUCUAUUUAAUAUAUUAUUAAAUUAUUAGACACCUCAUUUGGAUAGAAUUUUCACUCGGAUUGGACUCAGUCAGAUAACUCUGUUCCAAUCAUAGAAUGUACAUACAUGAACGUACACUGUGAUUGGCAGUGGUGGCUCAAUGAUUCUGGGUUACUGAUCAGAAGGUUGGGGGUUCAAGCCCCAGCACUGCCAAGCUGCCACUGUUGGGCCCUUGAACAAGGCCCUUAACCCUCUCUGCUCCAGGGGUGCUGUAUCAUGGCUGACCCUGUGCUCUGACCCCAAGUUCCUAACGAUCUGGGAUAUGCGAAGAAAAGAAUUUCACUGUGGAGUAUGUGACAAAUAAAGGCUUAUUAUAUUUUA